GGGGGGGAGCCAAGAUGGCGGCGGCUGAGGAGGAGGAGGUCUCGCUGCCACCGACGCCGCCGAGGAAUUGCAGGAUGAGGCCGUUUCCUGGAGACCUGGUCGCCCAGCACUCUUGAUCCCACAACUUUGCAAAAACGCCUACGACAAUGUCCAGCUCAAGCUACCCUCCCAACCAAGGAGCGUUCAGCGCGGAGCAGAGCCGUUAUCCGGCGCAUUCAGUCCAGUAUACCUUUCCCGGCGGCCGGCACCAGCAGGAAUUUGCGGUCCCGGAUUUCCGCGCUUCUCACUUGGAAGUCAGCCAGGGUAGCCAACUCCUGCAGCAGCAGCAACAGCUCCGCCGUCGCCCUUCUUUGCUCUCCGAAUUUCAUCCUGGCUCGGACCGCCCUCAGGAGAGGCGGUCGGGCUACGAGUCCCAGUUCCACGCUGGCCCUUCCCAAGCCGAUCAUGACGCGCUGGACUCCAAGCGGCCGCGCCUGGACCAGGUUUCCGACUCGCAUUACCAGCGGCUCAAUGCCACUGCGGUCCUGCCCUUGGCCCACCAGCUCCAGGAAGGCCUGCGCUCAUCGGACCUGAAGAAGGAGCCAGUCUUCGGAGGCAAGCAUGAAGGCCCUCCGUCGCCCAUGUCGAGCCAGUCGUGCGGAGAGGACCAGAACGCCUCUCCAUCCAAGCUGUCGAAGGAAGAGCUCAUCCAGAGCAUGGACCGGGUUGACCGGGAGAUCGCCAAAGUGGAGCAGCAGAUCCUCAAACUGAGGAAAAAGCAGCAACAACUGGAGGAAGAAGCGGCCAAACCGCCUGAACCGGAGAAGCCCGUCUCCCCUCCGCCGGUGGAACAGAAACACCGUAGCAUCGUCCAGAUCAUCUACGACGAGAAUCGGAAAAAAGCAGAGGAAGCUCAUAAGAUUUUCGAAGGGCUGGGCCCCAAGGUGGAGCUGCCUCUUUACAACCAGCCUUCUGACACAAAAGUGUACCACGAAAACAUCAAAACGAACCAAGUGAUGAGAAAAAAGCUGAUUUUGUUUUUCAAGAGACGGAAUCAUGCCAGGAAGCAAAGGGAGCAGAAGAUCUGCCAGCGCUACGACCAACUGAUGGAGGCCUGGGAGAAGAAAGUGGACCGGAUCGAGAACAACCCCCGGCGGAAAGCCAAGGAAAGCAAAACCCGGGAGUAUUACGAGAAGCAGUUCCCCGAGAUCCGGAAGCAGCGGGAACAGCAGGAGAGAUUCCAAAGGGUUGGCCAAAGAGGGACCGGCCUUUCGGCCACCAUCGCUCGGAGCGAGCACGAAAUCUCCGAGAUUAUCGACGGGCUGUCAGAACAGGAGAACAACGAAAAACAGAUGCGCCAGCUGUCCGUCAUUCCUCCCAUGAUGUUCGAUGCAGAGCAGAGACGCGUGAAAUUCAUCAACAUGAACGGGCUGAUGGAAGACCCCAUGAAGGUCUACAAGGAUCGCCAGUUCAUGAACGUCUGGACCGAUCACGAGAAGGAGAUCUUCAAAGAAAAGUUUGUCCAGCAUCCUAAGAACUUUGGCCUCAUAGCUUCCUAUUUAGAAAGAAAGAAUGUGCCGGACUGCGUUUUGUAUUACUAUUUGACUAAGAAAAACGAAAACUACAAGGCCCUGGUGCGACGGAACUACGGCAAGCGGCGAGGGAGAAACCAGCAACAGAUCUCUCGUCCUUCUCAAGAAGAAAAAGUCGAAGAAAAAAUAGAGGAGGAGAAAGCGGAGAAAACUGAGAAAAAGGAGGAGGAGAAAAGAGAUGAAGAGGAAAAAGACGAGAAGGAGGAAGCCAAGGAAAAUAUCAAGGAAAAGGAGAAAAUCGAAGCCCAGCCAGAGGAAUCCGAAGAACGGGAGCCCGCAGCUCCGAGAGGGCGUAAGACAGCCAACAGUCAAGGCCGACGGAAAGGCCGGGUCACCCGAUCGAUGACGAACGAAGCCGCGGCGGCGAACGCGGCCGCAGCGGCCGCCACUGAAGAGCCUCCCCCGCCUCUGCCGCCCCCGCCAGAACCUUCUUCCGCGGAGCCAGUCGAGACCUCACGCUGGACGGAAGAAGAGAUGGAGGUUGCAAAGAAAGGGCUGGUGGAACACGGGCGCAACUGGGCGGCCAUCGCCAAGAUGGUGGGGACAAAGAGCGAAGCCCAAUGCAAGAACUUCUACUUUAACUACAAACGGAGGCACAACCUGGACAGCCUCCUUCAGCAGUACAAGCAGAAGUCUUCUCGGAGGCCGCGCGAGGAACGGGAAGUUUCACAGUGCGAGAGCGUGGCGUCCACCGUCUCCGCGCAGGAGGAUGAAGACAUCGAGGUCUCCAAUGAGGAAGAGAACCCGGAAGACAGCGAAGGUGCCGAAAACAGCUCCGAUACGGAAAGCGCCCCGUCUCCUUCUCCCACGGAGACCUCGAAACCUUUAGAAGACGCCCCACCGGACAGCAUCUCUUCCCAGAUCACCACCACCGAGGCGGCGGCUGAGCAGGACUCCGCCGUAAAACCGGCCCCCAGCGCCUCCCCUCCCUCGGCAACGCCCGGCACCAAGGCGGCCGAGAGCGAAGGGGCCGAGCUGCAGGUCAAAGAAGAAACCAAAUCCGAAGUGGAGGAGCUGAUGGAGACGGAGAGCAGGAUCUCCGCGGUGGACACCAAGCCCGUCCUCAACCUGGCUGCCGGCCCCAAACUGGAGCCCGUAGAGAUGGACACCAAGCCGCCCUUAGACAUUCAGGUCAAGGUGGAGAACGAGGUCAAGGAGAGAGACGAGGACGGGCUGAAGGAGAAGCUGGAGCCGGAUGGAGGGGACUUCGGCUCGAGCCACCCGGCCAGCGUCCAGAGGAUGGAACCCAGCUCGGACAACGACUCCAGCGCCACGUGCAGUGCCGAUGAAGAGGUGGACGGGGAGCCCGAGAGGCAGAGGAUCUUUACAAUGGACUCCAAGCCUUCCCUGUUAAAUCCCACCGGACCCCUGCUGGUAUCAUCUGCCAUUAAACAAGGACCGAUGGAUUUGCAGCAACUUCAGCACCGGGCAGCCAUCAUACCACCCAUGGAACGGCUGCCCAUGAUCCCCGGCUUCCCCACCAGCGGCUACACCCUCCUCCAUCAGCACAUCAAGGCUAUGCACAAAUCCAGCGUCUUGGAGGAACAGCAGCGCCAGAGACAGGAGCAGUUGGAGGUGGAUUUCCGUAGGGCCUCCAGUCCCUGCGGUUCUUCGAAGAGCCCCAACAUCGAGUGGGAUGCAAAGACAGUGGCCUACAUGCCUUACGCCGAAGUCAAGCGGGCCAUGGAUCAGGAAGCCCAGAUGCAAAACGCAGCAAACCGAUCGGGCUCGCCUUACCGCCUCUCACCCCGGGACAUGAACAAGGCUUCGCCCCAGCCGGACAUGAAUGCCGCCCGUUACAGUGUCCCUCCAGUCCUGCAGCCAGCUCCCCAUCAAGUCAUCACGAAUCUCCCGGAAGGGGUCCGGCCCCCACCCACCCGGCCCACCCGGCCUCCCCCACCUCUGAUCCCUUCCUCCAAGACGGUGCUGCCUUCAGAGAAACCUUCCUUCAUCAUGGGUGGCUCCAUUUCGCAAGGAACACCGGGCACUUACCUGUCCCACAGUCAGAGCUCUUACAGUCAGGAACCAGCCAAGCCAUCUGGAGGCUCCAUUUCGCUCGGCCUGCCAAGGCAGCAGGAUUCCAAGUCAGUUUCCCUGCCCUACAUCAAGCAAGAGGAAUUUUCACCCCGCAGCCAAAAUUCACAACAGCCCGAAGGCCUGUUAGUAAGAGCUCAGCACGAGGGAGUCGUUCGAGGUACAACCACCAUCCAAGAAGGGAGCAUCACUCGGGGGACCCCCACCUGCAAAGUUUCCAUGGAAGCGAUGCCUGCUUUGCGUGGCUCCAUCACUCAGGGAACUCCAGCCCUCCCCCAGGCUGGAAUUGCAGCCGACAUUCUGCUCAAAGGAACCAUCACCCGUCUGGCUGCAGAGGACAGCAGUCCGGAAAAAAGCCGAGAAGAGGCCGCAACCUCCAAAGGCCACGUCAUCUACGAGGGCAAAAGUGGCCACAUCAUUACCUACGAUGCCAUCAAGAAUGUCCGGGAAGGAACGCGGAGUCCAAGAACCGCUCACGACAUGAGCCUCAAACGGACAUACGAAGCCAUGGAAGGGAACAUCAAACAAGGGAUGUCAAUGAGAGAAUCUCCCGUCUCGGCACCUUUGGAAGGCUUAAUCUGCCGGGCUGUGCCUCAAGGGAGUCCCCACUCCGACAUGAAGGAGAGGACCGUGUUGUCCGGCUCAAUAAUGCAAGGCACCCCGCGAUCCACCGCGGAGAGCUAUGAAAUUGGACUCAAGUACCCGAAGAUCAAGAGGGAAUCUCCUCCCAUGAGGACCUUUGAGGGAGCCAUUGCCAAGGCCAAACUCUAUGAUGGGGUCACCACCAUCAAAGAGAUGGGGCGCUCCAUCCAUGAAAUUCCCCGGCAGGAGCUGUUGAAUCAGGAAAGCCAGAAGAACCCCGAUAUGGUUCCUAACGUCCGCCCCAUCAUCGAAGGAUCCAUCUCGCAGGGUACGCCCAUCAAGUACGAAAGCAGCUCCUGCCAAUCGGCCAUCAAACACAACGUCAAGUCCCUCAUCACUGGGCCCUGCAAGCUCUCGCGAGGCAUGCCGCCCAUGGAGAUGUUGCCCGAGAACAUGAAGGUGGUGGAGCGCGGGAAGCACGAAGACCCCAAGGCUGGAGAGAUGCGUUCUCGCCACACCUCGGUCGUCAGCUCGGGACCCUCCGUCUUGCGGUCAACGCUCCAUGAGGCUCCCAAGUCCCAAGUCAGUCCGGGGAUCUAUGAGGAUGCCAAUGCCAGGAGGACCCCGGUGGGCUAUCAGAGUAUGUCCAGAAGCUCGCCCAUGAUGAACCGGGCCGAAGGCAACCUUUCUUCGGGGAAGCCCUUGAAUCACGAGAGGAAGUCCACUUUGACGCCGACGCAAAGAGAGAGCGUCCCGGCCAAAUCUCCGGUCCCGGGGGUUGACCCCAUUGUCACUCACAGCCCCUUCGACCCCCACCACCGAGGGGCAGCCCCCGAGGUUUACAGGAGCCAUCUCUCACCUCACCUGGACCCGACCAUCCAGUUCCACAGGGCCUUGGAUCCCACAACCGCCUACAUGUUUCAGCGGCAGCUCUCGCCCACCCCGGGCUACCCCAGCCAAUACCAGCUUUACGCCAUGGAGAACACGCGGCAGACCAUCCUGAACGACUACAUCACCUCCCAGCAGAUGCAGGUCAACCUGCGGCCGGACCUUGCGCGAGGACUGUCCCCACGAGAGCAGACCAUGGCGCUUCCCUACGCAGGGGCCAGAGGAAUCAUCGACCUGAACAGCAUGGCACCCACCAUCUUGGUGCCCCACCCUGGGGGGCCAAGCACGCCCCCGAUGGAGAGGAUUACCUACAUUCCUGGCACUCAGCUGGCGUUUCCCACCAGGCCUUACAACCCGCCCUCCAUGUCUCCAGGACACCCGUCUCACCUACCGGCCUCCGUGGUCGCCAGUGCGGAGAGGGAGAGGGAGAAAGAACGAGAGCGUGAACGAGAACGAGAGCGGGAGAGAAUCUCGUCCACUCCCACGGACCUCUACCUUCGCACCGAGCCGCCAGGGAAAGGAGGCAGCCACGGCUACGUCCGCUCGCCGUCGCCCUCUGUCCGGAGCCAGGAGUCCAUCCUCCAGCAACGGCCCAGCAUCUUUCAGGGCUCCAACGGGACGAGUGUCAUCAGCCCGCUGGAUCCGGCCGCCCAGCUGCGCAUCAUGCAGCUGCCCCCGGGCGCUCCCUCCAUCACCCAAGGCCUGCCAUCCUCUCGCUACAGCACCGCCGCCGACGCGCUGGCCGCUCUGGUGGACGCAGCCGCCUCCGCCCCGCAGAUGGAAGUGGCCAAGUCCAAGGAGGGCAAGCACGACGGCGGCCGGAUAGAGGAGAACCCGGGGCGCAGAUCCUCGGUGGUCAGCGAGCAGCCGCCACCACCUCCGCCGCCAAUGGAGCAGAAGGCGCUGGACGGGGAGAAGAGGGGAGCUUCGGGUCCUUACGCUUCCUCAGCUUCGGUGACUUUCUCCACCAGCAAAUCCCAGAACCUGCCGUCUUCGGCCGUCUACUCCGAGGCCGGGAAGGACAAAGGGCCCCCUUCCAUCUCGAAGUACGAGGAGGAACUCCGCACGCGCGGCAAGACCACCAUCACCGCUGCCAAUUUUAUUGACGUGAUCAUCACGCGGCAGAUUGCCUCUGACAAGGAUGCCCGCGAUCGCAGCUCACAGAGCUCCGAUUCGUCCAGCAGCCUAUCCUCGUCUUCGCACCGCUACGAGCCUUCGAGAGACGCGAUUGAGGUGAUCAGCCCCGCCAACUCCCCUGUCCCCCCCGCUCAGGAGAAGAUGCCCCCAUACCAGCAGGAUCCCCCCAAAAUGAACCCAGGAGAAAGAGACUGCGGCCGCCAGUACGAGGGGUCCAGCCAUCCUUACAGACCCGCGCAGGAUUCGCCCUCGCCACAGCAACCGCCGUCCCAGCAGCCACCGGCACCCCCAGCACCACAGACGGCCCCUCCGCCCGUCCAGACUCACCGGGUGAUCACCUUGGCCGACCACAUCUGUCAAAUCAUCACGCAGGAUUUUGCCCGGAGCCAGGCUUCCAGCCAGCCUUCCCUUCCGACUCCCACCAGCACAUUCCAGACCUCGGCUCUCACCUCCGUCGCCUCGACAAACCGGGCCAAGGCUUCGAACCGCUACAGCCCUGACAUCCAGGUGCAAGCCGCCCCCCACCAGCGCCCGGGGUCCCGGAUGUCCCCCGAAAACAUCUCUGAGAAAAACAGGGGCAGGCUUGGGAAAUCCCCCGAGAGGAGCCACCUUUCCUCGGAGUCGUACGAGCCGAUCUCUCCGCCGCAGGCGCCAGCGGCCCACGAGAAACAAGACAACUUCCUCCUUCUCUCGCAAAGACCGGAGCCUUUGGAACAGAGGACAGACUCCCGUUCUCCCGGCAGCAUCACCUACCUGCCUUCCUUCUUCACCAAACUGGAGAGCACCUCCCCGAUGGUGAAGUCGAAGAAGCAGGAGAUCUUUCGCAAGCUGAACUCGUGCGGGGGAAAUGAAUCCGAUAUGGCAGCUGCUCAGCCUGGGACGGAAAUAUUCAACCUGCCUGCAGUCACCACUUCAGGUUCGGUGAGCGCCCGAAACCCGUCCUUGGCCGAUCCCGCCAGCAACCUGGGUCUGGAGGACAUCAUCCGAAAAGCCCUGAUGGGCAGCUUCGACGACAAAGGCGAGGACCACAGCCUGGUUAUGGGGCAGCCCAUGGGGUUGGUGCCCGGUGGCUCCAGCGGAUCGUUACCCACAAACAGCGAAACUCGGCGGGAGGAAACCAGCCCCUCCCCCAAUCCAGGUGGAGGACUCAGCAAACAGAAACUGAUGGGGAAAUCCGGGAGCAGGAAGUCCAAGUCGCCACUUCCUGGCCAGGGCUACCUGGGCACGGAGCGCCCCUCUUCGGUCUCCUCAGUGCACUCGGAAGGGGACUAUCACCGGCAGACCCCCGCCUGGUCGUGGGAGGACCGGCCCUCUUCGACAGGUUCCACGCAGUUUCCCUACAACCCACUGACCAUCCGGAUGUUGAGCAACACGCCGCCCACCUCCAUGGCUUGCGCACCCCCUUCCGCCGGCCAGGCGGCUGUCUCCGCCGCCACCGCACACCAACCCAGCCGGAUAUGGGAGCGGGAACCGGCCCCUCUGCUCUCUGCCCAGUACGAGACACUUUCUGACAGCGACGACUGACACGGACGGACGGAUCGGAGUGCUCUGCUUCGGGGGGAAAAAAAGAGAGAGAGACACACACACAAACACGAAAAGAAAAGAAAGAAAGAAAGAGAAAGAAAGAAAGAAAGAAAGAAAGAAAGAAAGAAAGAAAGAAAGAAAGAAAGAAAGAAAGAAUAUUCAGCAGGGAAGUUUGCAAAAAAACCAAGUUGGGGGUUAAGGAAUGGCUGCAUUUUUUUUUCUUCAAAAAAAGCCACAACUCACACACCCCCCCAACGCCCCGAGACUGUCAGAAGGAGAGAAAUACAGAAUUUUUACCCCUUUUUUCAGCCGGCAUCCCGAAGAUAAAUACGUGUAAAGAGUUCUGGGGUUUGGGGUUUUUUUCCUUUUUUAAAAGAGGGGGAGGAAAAAUAAUAAUAAAUAGGACGUGCUAUUCCCAAACCUCUCUGCGAAACGAAGAAGAAGAAGAGGAGAAAAAAAAAGAGGAAAAAAAAUUUAUCUUUCUUCUGUAAAUAAGAGUAACUUUUUCUGCAGUGUGUUUCUGCACAGUCCCCCCCCCCUCCUUCCUUCCACCCACCCACCCACCCGUUUUAAACCCUGGCUAGACUUUCUGGUGUUCAAAAUCAUUGUUGUAAACUUUGGGGGGGGUGUCGUUAUAUAUAUAUGCAUAUAUAUAUAUAUAUAUAUAUAUAUAUAUAUAUUUUUAAAGGCCUUGUCUCAAGAGUUAAGAUGCUUCCGAAAUUUUUGGGGUGCGAGCAAGAGGACUCCCUCCCCCCCACACACUUUCUUUAGCAUCAUCUGUCUGUAGAAAUGAGGAGGGGGGGAGAAAGAGAGACCCUUUCUUUUUAAGGGAGGGGGCAAUUUGGCCCAGCCAGGUUGCUCCUUCCUUCCUUCCUCCCUCCCUCCCUCCCUCUUUUUCUUUUUCCUUCCUUCCUUCCUUCCUUCCUCCCUCUUUUCCCUUGUCCUUCCUUCCUUCCUUCCUUCCUUCCUUCCUUCCUUCCUUCCUUCCUCGCUUGUCCUUCCUUCCUUCCUUCCUUCCUUCCUUUCUUCAUUCUUCCCUCUCUCGUCCCUUCCUUUCUUUCUCUCUUCCCUUCUUUCCUCUUUUCCCUUUCCCUCCUUCUUUCCUUCUUCCCUCUUUCCCCUUUUCCUUUCUUCCUUCCGUCAUUCAUUCAUUCAUUCAUUCAUUCAUUCUUCCCUCUCUUUUCCCUUCCUUUCUUCCUCUCUUUUCCCUUCCUUCCUCUUUUCCCUUCCUCUUCCUUCUUUCCUUGCUCUUUCUCUCCUUUCCCUCCUUCCUUCCUUCUUUCCCCCCUUCCUCCGUCUUUCCGUACAUAGCGACCCGGCUUGCUCUCCAGCGUGACUUGCUUUCUCUCUCUCUUCCCCCCCCUCCCCUCAAAUCUAAACCCUCUGCCCUCCCUCCUCCCCCUCCCCUUUUUCUGUGGUUGUUAAAAACUUGUGGAAAACCUGUAUGUUUGUUUUUUUUCCUUUUGAGAACUGACCCCCCCCCCGACUUCCGCGAGAUCUGUACAUUUGAAAUCUCUGGUCUGCUGGAAUAACCGAGAUCUUUUUAAUGAUUAUGCCAUGCUGUAAUUUUAAUUUUGUUUUUGUUUUGUUUGCGUUUUUGUUUUGUUCCACACACACACACACCCCGGUACAGUUGUUCGGCAACAUUAGGAAGAAACCAUUGCGUGGGUCUUUCUCUCUCUCUCUUUCAAAAUGUCCGGGCUUUAUUCUCUUCCUCAAUCCAAAUCUAAUUUCUUUCUUUUUUUUUCUUUUACAGUCCUUCCUUCCCAUAAAAUCUCUUCUCCCUUCCUGUCUUCCCUCCCGAAAUCAUCAGCUGCUUUUUCUCCCGAUAGAAAGGAAAACUUCCCGGUGGGUCUUCAGCCGAGGAGCGAGGCCAAAGUCUCAAAUCUGUUCGUUCAACGGAAACCUCCGCCUCCCAAAUGCACAUUUCUUCCCAUAAAAAAUAAAUAAAUACAUUGUGGAUUGGGUCAAAAGAAUUUGGCCCGUUCAGUUGGCCUUGCUAGAGAAUUCCCCAUGCUUUUUUGAGGAGGGUCGCUUGGCAGGCGGCUUCUGGUUUGCAUUUGAAAGCCACAGAUGGACGGGCUGGGUUGAAAAGCCAAUUUUGUGUCGCUGCGAGAAGAUUUGUGAAAGCAUUCGAACCUUGGACCGGGUUGAAUUUUGGAGAACCUCAACCAAGGAAAAAAAAGAAAGAAAAAAAACUUGAAUUUAAAGAUCAAUCUGUCCUGUAACUCUCUUUUUCACUCCCCGUUUCAUGAAAAAGGCUCAAAUUUCCCUCGGGGGCAUUAUAGGAUAGCAUUGGCGAAUUUUGAGGGCAGCAUUUAACGAAAUCUCGACAACUUUAAGAGGUGUGGACUUCAACUCCCAGAAUCCCCCAGUCUGCUAGGGAAUUCUGGGAGUUGGAAGUCCACACUCUCUUCGAUGCCGUGGAGAUUGGGAAACACGGCUUUAAAAAAAUUUGCUGAAAGCUCAUUUGUGGAAAGGACCUCUCGCAAUCCCAACAUGAUACCCACCCCUACGGCUGUGCAGUUGGGAGUUGUAGUCCUCUGCAGAGCAGAGAGAAAUCGCAGCCUUUAGCAAAUGCAAUUGACGCCUGUCAUUUCAUCCCAAUAGGGUGUGUUGUUCCCUUUGUGUGUGUGUGUGUUGCCUUCCCAGUUUUCAUCCAGGGUUUGAUUAAAAAUCAAAAUCAAAUAAAAAAAAUCUCCCGUCGGGCUUGCUAUAUAACAUUGCAAGGUGUGAAGAAGUAGAGGGGGGAAAAAGGGGAAGGCUGAAGUUGUGUUGCCUUUUAAACCAUUUUCUCCGUUCACGAACCAAAAUGCACAACCGGAAACCCACACUGGGGCAAAGACGUCGUAUUUAUGAGUAAAGAAAUAAUAAGUCAGAAAGCGAGCACACACCCUUGCAAAGAAAGGCACUUGCAAAUUUAUCUCAUUGACUUUUCAGCGGGCGGCGGGCGAAAUGCGAGAGAUUACAGACUUUGGGAAGCCCAUGAAAAAUAAUAUUAAUAAUAAUAAUUGGAACUUUUUGCAAAAUUCCAAAGAUUUUGUGGUUGUUUUUUUUUAAAAAAAGGUCUACUUUGCACAUGGAAAUUGGCCCCUUUCUGUGGUUUCAAAUAACAUUUCCUACUUUGGAAGGUAGAAUAGAUAUUCUGGGUGGUUGUUUUUUUUUCUCCUGUCAAUCAUUUCUGACCCCCUGCUGUUGUUCUUCCCCUUAUUAUGUUCAGCAAAUUUUAAUUUUUCUGGGGAGGGGGGCGGUGGAGAAGAAGAAUCCCAAACGCCCGCCCCCCCCCAAUCCAUGUCUCUGUUCUGUUGGUGCCCAGGCAUUUUACGAGUAAAAUGGUGACUUCUACAAUUCAGACCAAUCGAAUAAUAGUAAUAAUAAUAAUAAAAAAAGGCAGGUUUGCGAAAAUUUCCUUCAGUCCGUCUUUUCUCGUGGCGGUGGGGGGGGAGGGGGGCGGAAAAAGGUGGGUGUUUAAAAUAUGCACUCCACAGCAGGAAUUUCAUGAUGGCUGCGCCCAGAAAAAUUGGGGGGGGACCUUUGACCUCUCUCCCCGCUCUCGCCCAUGCCCCCAAGAGAGCCUGUGAGCAGCUGCCAGGGAUCUGUUGGUAAAUCUUAAAUCUCUUCCCUGUUGAAGGGUGCAAAGGAAGGCAUGAGAAUUACACCAAAAAGCAAGUUUUUUCUCAAACUUGGCAGCUUGAAAGGGGUGGAUUUAGAACUCCCAGAGUUCACUAAUAAACAGGUUGGCUGGGGGAUUCUGGGAGUGGAAGUCCUCCCCUCUUAAAGCAGGCUGGCU